UCACAGUUGAAUAAUUCGAAGAGACCUGAGAAAAUCACUUAGCAGGGUUUUGGUGUCUCACUCAAAACACUAACACACGCCGCACCCUCUCUGCUACCUUCCUCCACUCACCACUCGCCGUCGCCGACGAAGGCACCAGGUCCACCCUCCGUCGCUAAUAGCUCACACCACAGCCUCAAAGCAAACAGCAAUUCCAGCAAGUGCACACCAGGCUUCAGACCAGGGCAGUUACGUGUUGUGGUCUCUCUGCUGCAGCCGCGGGCGGUAGCUCUCUCCCUCUUUGCCAGCCGCUGGCACGUCACUUCAUUGACUAGUCAGCUUCUCACUCUAUAGCUGCUAUAUUCUUUCUAACUUGAUCAAGGACAUGGUGGGUGUUAAGGAUAUUGGGGUGUCUGAAUUCCUUCAGGGUACCUGUAGGCAAUCUUUGUUUUUGGUGAAGAAGUCUCAGAAUCAAAGGAGUCAUUUGCUUUGGGGUACACUUGGGAAUAGGAGGCGGGCUCAAGGUUCAACUUGGAGAGCUUCUUCUUUAAGGUGCCAAGCACAGGAAAACCCUAGAGCUGUGGUUUCAGGGGCUGUGACAAGUUCAGUAGAGGAGCAACCUAGCUUGGUUGAGAAGCCUGCCUCUGAAGUCUUUCAUUUGUAUCGUGUCCCAUUUAUUCAAGAAAAUGCAGCUGCUGAACUUCUCAGGGAUGCUCAAACAAAAAUCUCUAAUCAGAUUGUGGAUCUGCAGACAGAGCAAUGUUAUAAUAUUGGCCUUGUUUCACAACUUUCAAGCAUGAAGCUUUCAGUCCUUAAAUGGCUUCUCCAAGAAACUUUUGAGCCUGAGAAUCUGGGCACUGAUAGCUUUCUCGACAAAAGGGGGAAGGAGGGCUUGACUGUUAUAAUAGAGGUUGGCCCGAGGUUGUCGUUUACGACAGCAUGGUCUUCAAAUGCAGUGGCCAUUUGCCAAGCAUGUGGUUUGACUGAAGUUACCCGUUUGGAACGAUCAAGGAGGUACUUGUUGUACACUACAAGUGAAUUGCAGGAUCACCAAAUCAGUGAAUUCGCAUCUAUGGUACAUGACAGGAUGACUGAAUGUGUUUAUACUCAGAAGUUAACAUCCUUCGAGACCAAUGUUGUUCCAGAGGAGAUUCGUUAUAUUCCUGUUAUGGAGAAGGGUAGAAAGGCACUAGAAGAGAUUAAUCAAAAGAUGGGUUUAGCCUUUGAUGAGCAGGAUCUAGAAUACUAUACUAAACUUUUCAAAGAAGACAUAAAGCGGAACCCAACAAAUGUGGAGUUAUUUGACAUUGCACAGUCCAACAGCGAGCAUAGCAGGCACUGGUUUUUCACUGGAAAGAUUUUCAUUGAUGGACAGCUCAUGAAUAGGACUCUUAUGCAAAUUGUGAAAAGUACUUUACAGGCAAAUCCAAAUAAUUCUGUUAUUGGCUUCAAGGAUAACUCUAGUGCUAUCAGGGGUUUUCCAGUAAAGCAGCUACGACCUGUUGAACCUGGUUCAUCAUGCCCAUUAAGCUUGAUAUCACGUGAUUUAGAUAUCUUGUUUACAGCUGAAACACAUAAUUUCCCAUGUGCAGUGGCACCUUAUCCUGGUGCAGAAACAGGUGCAGGAGGUCGCAUUAGAGAUACACAUGCAACAGGUAGGGGGUCUUUUGUCCAAGCAGCUACAGCUGGUUAUUGUGUUGGGAAUCUUAACACACCUGGGUUUUAUGCUCCGUGGGAAGAUCCAUCUUUUACAUAUCCUUCAAAUUUGGCAUCACCUCUCCAGAUCCUUAUUGAUGCUAGUAAUGGUGCAUCAGACUAUGGGAACAAAUUUGGGGAGCCCUUGAUCCAGGGCUUCUGUAGAACUUUUGGAAUGAGACUUCCUAGUGGAGAUAGGCGGGAAUGGUUAAAGCCGAUCAUGUUUAGUGCAGGAAUUGGGCAGAUUGACCACCAUCAUAUAUCAAAGGGAGAUCCUGAAAUUGGAAUGUUGGUUGUGAAGAUUGGAGGUCCUGCUUAUCGUAUUGGAAUGGGAGGUGGGGCAGCCUCAAGUAUGGUCAGUGGGCAAAAUGAUGCAGAGCUUGAUUUCAAUGCUGUACAACGUGGGGAUGCUGAGAUGUCACAGAAGCUAUAUCGUCUUGUCCGUGCCUGUAUUGAGAUGGGGGAUAAAAAUCCAAUUAUCAGCAUUCACGAUCAAGGAGCUGGUGGUAACUGCAAUGUUGUAAAGGAAAUUAUAUAUCCAAAGGGUGCUGAGAUAGAUGUUCGAGCCAUUGUGGUCGGUGAUCAUACAAUGUCUGUUCUGGAAAUCUGGGGUGCAGAGUAUCAGGAGCAAGAUGCAAUCUUGGUGAAGCCUGAAAGUCGUGAGCUCUUACAAUCUAUCUGUAAAAGGGAAAAGGUUUCAAUGGCUGUGAUUGGUACUAUUAGUGGCGAUGGACGUGUUGUAUUAGUGGAUAGCUUAGCAACUCAGAAGUGUCUAUCAGAAGGACUUCCUCCACCUCCCCCUGCUGUGGAUCUUGAACUGGAGAAAGUCCUUGGUGACAUGCCAAAGAAAUCUUUUGAAUUUCAUCGGGUUGUUCAUGAGCGGGAACCACUUGAUAUUGCCCCUGGGACCACUGUAAUAGAUUCUUUGAAGAGGGUAUUGAGUUUGCCAUCUGUCUGUUCAAAGCGCUUCUUAACAACAAAAGUUGAUAGGUGUGUCACUGGUCUUGUGGCCCAGCAGCAAACAGUUGGCCCUUUGCAGAUUACCCUUGCCGAUGUUGCUGUUACAGCUCAAACUUUUACUGGUGUAACUGGAGGUGCAUGUGCCAUUGGGGAACAGCCAAUCAAAGGGUUGUUAAACCCCAAAGCAAUGGCAAGAUUAGCUGUUGGAGAAGCACUGACAAAUCUUGUAUGGGCAAAGGUCACUUCCCUUUCUGAUGUUAAGGCAAGUGGUAAUUGGAUGUAUGCUGCUAAGCUUGAUGGAGAAGGAGCUGACAUGUAUGAUGCUGCCAUAUCUUUGUCUGAAGCAAUGAUUGAACUUGGUAUCGCUAUUGAUGGAGGGAAAGAUAGCCUUUCUAUGGCAGCUCAUGCUGGAGAAGUUGUCAAGGCUCCUGGAAAUCUUGUAAUUAGUGUUUAUGUUACUUGUCCUGACAUUACAAAAACAGUGACACCAGAUUUGAAACUUGAAGACGAUGGUGUUUUGCUUCACAUUGAUUUAUCAAAAGGAAAGCGGCGAUUAGGCGGAUCUGCUCUUGCACAGGCAUUUGAUCAAGUUGGGGAUGAGUGUCCCGAUCUUGAUGAUGUUCCGUACCUUAAAAAGGUCUUUGAAGGUGUGCAAGACCUUAUUACUGAUGAGCUGAUCUCUGCUGGUCAUGACAUCAGUGAUGGUGGGCUGCUAGUUUGUGCCUUAGAGAUGGCAUUUGCUGGUAAUCGUGGAUUUACUUUGGACUUGACUUCACGAGGUAAGAGCCUUUUCCAAACACUUUAUGCGGAAGAGCUUGGGUUGGUUAUUGAGGUAAGCAAGAAAAAUUUGUCCAUAGUAAUGAACAGAUUGAAUGGAGUGGGGGUUUCGGCUGAGAUCAUAGGUCAAGUUACUAUUGCUCCAUCCAUAGAAGUCAAGGUUGAUGGGGUAAGUUGUUUGAAAGAAGAAACUACCCUCCUUCGGGAUAUGUGGGAAGAAACCAGCUUCCAGCUAGAGAAAUUCCAAAGGCUGGCAGCCUGUGUAGAAAUGGAGAAAGAAGGGCUGAAACAUCGAUAUGAGCCCUCAUGGAAGCUGUCCUUUACGCCUUCCUUCACUGAUGAUAAGUAUUUGUCUGCAACUGUUAAACCUAAAGUAGCGGUGAUUAGAGAAGAAGGGAGCAACGGAGACAGAGAAAUGGCUGCAGCAUUCCAUGCUGCUGGUUUUGAACCAUGGGAUGUUACCAUGUCUGACCUUCUUAAUGGGGCCAGCUCUUUGCAAGAGUUCCGUGGGAUUGUGUUUGUUGGUGGAUUUAGCUACGCAGACGUACUUGAUUCUGCAAAAGGCUGGGCUGCUUCCAUUAGAUUCAAUGAGUCCGUUUUGAAACAAUUCCAGGAGUUUUACAACCGUCCCGACACUUUCAGUCUUGGUGUAUGCAAUGGUUGUCAGCUAAUGGCAUUGUUGGGAUGGGUACCAGGCCCGCAGGUUGGGGGCGUUCUUGGUAACGGCGGCGACCUAUCACAGCCAAGGUUCAUUCACAAUGAAUCAGGACGGUUUGAAUGCCGCUUUACAAGCGUGACAAUAAAGGAUUCGCCGGCUAUAAUGUUCAAAGGUAUGGAAGGUAGUACAUUGGGGGUAUGGGCUGCUCAUGGUGAGGGAAGGGCUUAUUUCCCGGAUAAAGGCAUGUUGGAUCGCACAGUUCAUUCAGAUUUAGCUCCUAUAAGAUAUUGUGAUGAUGAUGGCAAUCCAACAGAGACAUAUCCUUUCAAUGUGAAUGGCUCUCCUUUGGGGGUAGCUGCUAUUUGUUCUCCAGACGGGAGGCAUCUUGCUAUGAUGCCUCAUCCAGAGCGUUGCUUCUUAAUGUGGCAGUUUCCAUGGUAUCCGAAGCAUUGGGAUGUGGACAAGAAGGGUCCUAGCCCGUGGUUGCGCAUGUUCCAGAAUGCAAGAGACUGGUGUUCCUGAGAUGAAUAUAUUUAUGGAUUUCAGCUGCAGAACAAGUCAUGGAAAAAAGAUGAAAAAUCAAGAAGACCAUGGACAUUAGAAGAAGACAAAUUCAAAUGGUAUUAGGGAACUUACCUGGAUAGUAUAUAGUGGUUAUAAUAAUGUCGUACUAUCCAUUCAAUUCUUAGGAGUUUCUCUUUAUUACUUUUAUAGCUAUGACACAUCUUAAGGUGCCUUUGUUCCUAGUGUUGAGUGUAAUACAACCUAGUAAAUGCCCCCAUCGUCAAACAGGUGUUACGGAGGGGAAAACAUACCGUUCUAUGUGGUCCCUUUUUUUUUGGGGUUUUUUUAUAAAUAAUAAAGCAUGUUCAUAAGAGGAACUUUCUCAUUAAAA